CCUCUCCUCCCAAAAUGUACACCAGCCGGGCCCUCAGCACCGCUCUCCGAGCCGGUGCGCCUCGCGCCCCAAUUGCCACCCGCGUUGCCUUAACCCGGAGCUAUGCCGCCGCCGCUGCACCGAGCAGCUCGUCGACGAAGCCGCCCGUUGCCCUGUUUGGCGUCGAUGGGACAUACGCCAGUGCUCUUUACACCGCAGCCGCGAAAACCUCCGCUCUCGAGCCGACCGCCAAAUCCCUCGAAGCGCUCGCCGGCGUCUUCAAGAGAGAUGCUAAGCUGGCUAGUGUGCUCAGCGCGCCUACCCUCUCGGUCUCGGAUAAGCAGCAGAUCGUCGCGGAGCUGCAGAAGCACCUCGGCGGCCAGGACAAGGAGGGCAUCGUGAAGAAUUUCCUCGAGACGCUUGCGGCGAACAACCGGCUAGGUGUGCUAGAGGGGGUGGUGGAGAAGUUUGGUACUUUGAUGGGCGCGUACAGGGGUGAGGUUGAAUUGACAGUUACGAGUGCUGCGCCCCUCGAUAACCGCACCCUCAGCCGUCUUGAAUCCGCCGUCAGCAAGUCUCAAUACGUUGGCCAGGGAAAGAAACUCAAGGUUGUACCCAAGGUCAACCCCGAUAUCCGCGGCGGACUUAUUGUCGAAAUCGGCGACAGGACCAUCGAUCUCUCCGUCUCCGCUAGGAUGGCUAAGAUGAACAAGCUGCUCAAGGACACUCUGUAAAUAUAGCAAUGUCAUAGACUGAGGAGCAUGGGGCAUCGGAUGUCAUUGACAGGAUUGUGUAUUCUAGUUAGAGGAAAUGCGACUAUCGAUCUACUUUGUUCCCCUUCACAGCUCGCUGGCUGUUGAACUUAGACCGUUCGUCGCAGCACAGAUAUCACGGCUCUAGGUUUGAGCUUUGGACAGCUGAUCCUGAAGAUCUACGAGAGAUUGAACGAGCGUGACUGUGUUUUUGCUUCCAGUCGGGUUGUUACGCCGAUUGCUGAUGUGUACCGGUACAUGAGUCUGGGGACUCGGGGU